AUGGAUCAUCACAUCCGUAACACACCCUUACUCCUCACAACCAUAGCCACCAUCUUUUUCUUCAUCUUAACAAAUUUGGCACAAUACCACUGUGAUGAAGAAGACACCAAAUACAGUAAUUGUAGCAGGCCUUACAUGUGCGGAGGUGUGACCGCCUCAUACCCUUUCUGGGAUGGUCACAUGAGACCCCAAUAUUGUGGGCGAGGUGGCCCAUUCAAGCUCUCAUGUGACGAGAAUAAGGAUAGUUCGAUUCAGAUGGGCAACCAAAGUUUCUUUGUGCACAACAUUAAUAUACUCAACUACACCAUCAAAAUGGGGAGGGAAGACAUUCCUUAUGGUGAAAUCGAAGAGCGUAUUUGUUCUAAGGAUUUUGCCAACACUAGUUUGGACCCAACUCUCUUCAAGUAUACCGAAAAUGUACAGAACAUCACCAUAUUCUUGAAUUGUUCCUCUGGAGUUCCCAAUGAUGGUGUUGGACACUCUUUUCUGUGUCCAUAUGAUAGUUAUCAGAAUCGAGAUGCUUUCUUUGUGGAUGAGGAUGAUUCAGACAAAGAUAUAGAGCAACUACUUAAUGCCUGCAACCGUAUAAUCCAAGUGCAGGCUUUACGCAACAUUCCUCAUCCUGUUGAUCCUAAAAGUGGAAUUAAUGCUCUUAGAGAUGCUUUCAUUGGUGGGUUUGAGGUGAAAUAUAAUGCUGGCUUUCAAGAAUGCAUAGAGUGCAUGGAGAGUAAAGGAGCUUGCGGAGGGAAAGGAAGCAAUGAAUUUACCUGUUAUUGCCGGGAUGGAUCUGAUGCUUUGAAUUGCAAUGGUCACAGUGAUGAAUAUAAAAGUAAUCAUUGGAACUUGCAAAAGAAAGUCAUUAUAGGUGUUGGAGGAACAAUUGCUGGAUGUCUGAUAUGCAUUGCAAUGUUUUGUUCUAGAAGCAAGUUAUCGACAUGGUCUGGAAAAUUUUGGUUGUUGACCAAAAGUAACCAAGAUACUGAAGCAAUUUUCUUAAAAAUUCACGGAACCUUAACUCUGAAAAGAUACAAGUUUUCAGAUAUCAAGAAAAUGACCGAAUCCUUCAAAAUUAAACUAGGACAAGGUGGUUUUGGUGCUGUGUACAAAGGAAUGCUACCCAGUGGUAGUCUUGUGGCAGUGAAGUUAUUGAAUGCAUCCAAAGGAAACAAUGAAGAUUUUAUGAAUGAGGUUGCUAGCAUCAGUAGAACCUCUCAUGUGAAUGUUGUCACCCUUAUUGGAUAUUGUUUGGAAGGCCGCAAGAAAGCCCUUGUAUAUGAGUUUAUGUGCAAUGGUUCCCUAGAAAAGUUCAUAUACAAAAAGGGACCUAAAACCACUUCAUCAUUGAACUUGGAGACUUUGUAUAAAAUUGCAAUAGGGAUAGCUAGAGGGUUAGAGUACUUGCAUAGGGGAUGCAACACUAGAAUUUUACAUUUUGACAUAAAACCACACAACAUUCUUUUGGAUGAGAAUUUUUGCCCCAAGAUAUCUGAUUUUGGACUAGCAAAGCUUUGUCCUAGGAAAGAGAGCAUUAUUUCCAUGUCAGAUGCUAGAGGGACUAUAGGAUAUGUAGCUCCAGAAGUAUGGAAUAGACAUUUUGGAGGGGUUUCACAUAAAUCUGAUGUCUAUAGCUAUGGAAUGAUGCUUCUAGAAAUGGUGGGAGGGAGGAAGAACAUUAAUGCUGAAGCAAGUCACACAAGUGAGAUAUACUUCCCACAUUGGGUAUACAGCAGGCUUGAACUGGGCAACAAUUUGAGACCUGAUCAUGAGGUGAAUAUGACUACAUAUGAAAAUGAGAUUACAAAGAUAAUGACCAUAGUGGGCUUGUGGUGCGUUCAAACAUUGCCCAAAGAUAGACCUCCAAUGAGUAGAGUCAUAGAUAUGUUGAGAGGAAGCAUGAAUUCCUUAGAAAUGCCACCAAAACCUUUGCUUUCUUCUCCUACUCGUUCAAUACCAGAAUCAUCUACUUCUUGAAAUCAAUUUCAUUUGCUGUAAAAAGGAUCGCUCAACAUAAGGCAAGUGGAUCUCUUAUAUAUUUUUCAAGUAUUAUCACAUUGAAUGCAAAAGCCAGACCAAUUCGUGGAGUAAAUUCUAUGCAUGCAUACGUUGAGAAAUAAGAUAAGUGAGAUAGAUUAUUUGAGCUUGUUCUUUUAAAAAAAAAAAUUACAUAUUUACAUGUAUGUUUUCUUUUAAAAUUAUUAUGAAAGAUAGAGAUUUCAAGACAAUGAAAAGAUAGGAUUGAACUACAUAUUGAUAGUGGAAUAGAUAUUGAAUGCAAUGGCUACAUAUUUU